AUGGUCACUCAAGACACCCCAGUUAUCACCGCACAGCAAUGGAUAUCGCUCCCAGCUGAAUUCCGAAGACCAGGGAGCUCAGAACACUCCAAAAACCAGAAAAGAAAUCGAAAGAUUGACUCAUUCCUGGAAGGUCCAGUAUUUAUCUCUCAUCUAUCCUGUUUGUUCGUGACCGAUAUUCCCUACGGGCGAAUAUUUUCCAUCGAUAUAGCCACUGCGACUUGGUCACUUUUCCUCGAAUACGAUGGCGAGCCAAAUGGUAUGGCCUGGAAUCCAUUGACUGAAAAAAUAGUCAUCGCAGACUUCAAGCAAGGUAUACUAUCUCUUGACUUGACGACUAAAACGGUCACACCACUUGCGACUCGCUACCAUGGCGAAAGGUUCAAGGGGCCCAACGAUUUAGUCGUUGCUCCUGACGGCUCGAUCUAUUUCACGGAUCAAGGAAUGACGGGUCUCCAUGAUCCAUCGGGACGGGUGUAUCGCCUUUUUCCUAAUGGACGAUUAGAUCCAAUCAUUACGAAUGGACCUUCACCUAAUGGCCUCGUUCUGACCCGAGAUAAAACAUCACUGCUCGUAGCUAUGACAAGAGACAAUGCUGUUUGGCAUAUCCCUUUCUAUGAGGAUGGGUCUGUGCAACGCGUUGGCCGAUAUUCGAGCUAUUAUGGGAUUGGAGGGCCAGAUGGAAUGGCGCUGGAUGAGGAGGGGAAUGUGUUUGUUGCUCACUCAACCUUAGGGACUAUUUAUGUUCAUGGUUCCAAUGGUAAACUAAAGACGAAAAUCGAAAGUUCAGUUGGAAAUGGCACUACAAAUUUGACUUGGGGAGGAGAAAAGUCCAAUGUUUUAUAUAUUGUGGAAAGCGAAAGCGCUUCGAUUUUGAGAGUUGAUUGGCAUUGUGCUGGUUGCCUUUGA